GAGCUCACCGCCCCGCCGCCCAACUCCGCCCCCCAGCUCGCCGACGGCGUUCCGCGCCCAAGCUCGCCGACAGGAGAGCGCGCCGCCGACCCGUCGCGCCCGAGCUCGCUGGGCCUCCGCCGCGCAGCUCCGCGCCGAGCUCACCGCCCCGCCGCCCAACUCCGCCCCCGAGCUCGCCGACGGGUUCCGCGCCCAAGCUCGCCGACGAGCGAGCGCGCCGCAGGUUUGACAACCUGUUUGACAAGUUCGCAGGACGCACCUGUGCUUAUCCAAAACAAGUUCGCUUUCAGCUUCCAAGCCGCGGCAACCGAGCUGUCUCAACCCUCAGUCCUCCCCAUUCGCCUCCUCCACACCCGCGUGCCGUGCGCACCCACGCUUCAUGGGCGCAUCCGCGCCCCCCCCCCCCCCCCCCCCCCCCCCACGCCGUCGCCCCACAAAUGCCUCCGCCCCGCCACGCGCGCUCGCGUUCCUGGGCUUGGUUCUCGUCGCCCUCUCCGCCUGUGGCGCGGUCGCGGGGCCGCUGGCGACGGAGCUCGUGCGGCCCAGCUUCGUUGCCUCUAACAUCCUGUACGUCGACACCGGCGGCGCGUUCCUGGAGCCGAAGAGCGGUGCGUUCAGGGCCGCCGUGGUCAACCCCGGGAAGCAGCAGGGCAGGUUCUACCUCGCCGUCCUGCACGCCCCGUCCGCCACGGUCUUCUGGUCGGCCAACCGCGGCGCGCCGACGACGUCGUCGGGCCCGGUCCAGCUCACCGCGCAGGGGCUCACCGUGUCGGACCCCAAUGGAAAGGUGCUGUGGUCCACGCCGUCGCAGCUGGGGUCGCCCGUCUCGGCGCUGCGGCUGCAGGACAGCGGCAACCUGCAGCUGCUGGGCGCCGGGAACGCCACGCUAUGGCAGUCGUUUGAUGCCGCCACCGACACGCUACUCCCGGGGCAGCAGCUGCACGCCGACCCGUACUUGGCGGCGGCGGCGAGCGCCACCGACCUCGCGGAGGGGGACUACCGGCUCGCCGCGACGGCCGCGGACGUGGUGCUGACCUGGCAGGGCUCCACGUACUGGCGGCUGUCGAACGACCUCCAGUCCUUCAAGGACCGCAACGUCGCGGUGGCAUCCGUAUCGGUGAACGCGUCGGGGCUGUUCGCGGUUGCCGCCGACGGCGGCCUCGUGUUCCGCGUUGACCUCGCGGCUGGAGUGUUCCCCGUGCUGAAGCUGGGAUACGAUGGCCGGCUGCGCAACACGGGCUACCCGCUGGUGAACUCCUCUGCGUCGCUCGGAGGCGACUUCGUGGCGCCGGCCAACGACUGCGAUCUGCCGCUGCAGUGCCUGCCCCUGGGGCUCUGCUCGCCGAUCGGCGACGGUGUCUGUAAGGUGGGAGCAGACGGAGGGAACGGCUGGCAAACGGUGAUGUUUGGCUUUCUUAUGCGCGCGCGUUGGUUGCAGAGCUCAAAGACGAUCCUGCUCUUAGCAAGUUCGAUGCCGUCAUGGACAGGAGUGAAAAGCUUCAUGAGAAAGUGCAAAGACCACUGGAGCAGCUCGUAGAUGGUGAGGCUCUGCAGGAACUUGCUAAUGUUCUGGUCUCGUCGACCAAGGAGGAAAACAGAAAUGGGCCGACCCCAUCUGAAUUUGUUACAGUCCUGCUCAGGAAGUUUGGUGUUACAGCCACACCGCUUAAUGAUUCUAAUGAG